CUCGAGAUUUCUCGUCUAGAAAUUUAGCUUGCGACGUUUGCAAAUGUUCCAAUAAUUGUCUAUUAAAUAAGGAAGUGUAUAACAUUAUUUUUAGAAAGUUCAAAAUUCAAUCACAUAAACUUAGAGGAAAAAAUGCAUCUACGUCUAUCAUUACAUCACGCUUAAAAGAGAGAUUGAUUAGAUGUGUGUGUGUGCACCUAAAUGCAGGUGUUUGUGAAAACAACCUCUUGAACUACUACAGCUGGUUUACAACUUGCUAAUAGUUUCACCAUGAAGAAACUUUUCUCAAAAUUAGAAAACAAAAUUGAACAGUCACCCAAGGAAGCAACCAGCUUUGUUGGAAAAGUAUUUAAUGUUGGCAAGUUUAGUGUUACUGUCGAAGACAUAAUUGCAGAAGGUGGGUUUGCUUUAGUAUUUCUUGUGAAGGGAGCCAACAGUGUUAGAUAUGCUCUCAAAAGGAUGUUUGUCAACAAUGAACAGGACUUAACUGUGUGUAAAAGAGAAAUCCAGAUUGCAAGUAGUCUCCGAGGUCACAAAAAUAUUAUUGGUUUAAUAGAUUCGAAUAUCACACAUGUUGGAGGGGGGGUGUAUGAAGUAUUAAUGCUUAUGCAUUAUUGUAGAGGCCACGUUUUACAGUUGAUGAAUGAGAAGCUCCAUGUAGGGUUUUCUGAACAAGAAGUUAUGAGAAUAUUUUGUGAUGUGUGUGAAGCAUUAUCAAGACUUCAUCAUUGUCAAACUCCUAUUAUUCACAGAGAUCUCAAGGUUGAAAAUAUUCUGAUCAGCGAUAGUGGACACUAUGUUUUAUGUGAUUUUGGAAGUGCUACAGCUAAGGUUCUCAAUCCACAAAGUCAUGGAGUUAAUGCUGUUGAAGAGGAAAUAGCAAAAUACACAACUUUAUCAUACAGAGCACCUGAAAUGGUAGAUUUAUAUAGUGGAAAACUUAUAACAACUAAAGCUGACAUUUGGGCUCUCGGAUGCUUGUUAUAUAAACUUUGUUUUUUCUCUCUGCCAUUUGCGGAAAGUGCCCUUGCAAUACAGAGUGGCAAUUUCACGGUUCCUGACAAUUGUCGAUAUUCAAAAAAACUUCACUGUUUAAUAAGAUAUAUGCUUGAACCAGAUCCUGAUAAGAGGCCAGAUAUCUUUCAAGUGUCCUAUUUAGCAUUUAAGAUGGUUGGAAAAGACUGUCCAGUCCAAAACCUUCAUAACUCUCCACUACCCAGUCUUGAACACCUUCCAAUUCCACAGUUAGAGAGUGAAGCUAGAAAAGCAGUUACUAAACCACAAAGAAAUGUAGCUGGGCCUUUUGUGGAAAAAACUUCAGUAGUACCAAGGCAGCGACCCAAAGGAUCUCAGGCUCCUCCUACAGUUGGAAACCUUCCUCUAUUAACACAGAAUAAUCUUGCUUCUCCUUUCCGCCCAGCAUCAAACAGUUCUCAAGACCUCCCUGUUAAAACACCCAAUCAAGAAAUGUGUGCAACCCAAGGCAUCUUGCAACCUAUACGUGGAGCAUCCCAUCCCCAGUCACAUAUAUCUCCUAGCUCCUUAUCGCAACAAAUUAUCCCCAUAUCCCAGCUAACUACCCAAGAAGCUGUAUCGUCUUGUCCACACACUUGUGUGAUAUCUUCUGAACCUGUUUUAUCAGAUGUGCCAAGAACAUUGCCCAGCCCUACACCCGUGACUCAUUCUGUGCUUGUUCCUCCAUCUUUGUCAUCAUCUACUUCAGCACCAAGCUCUUCAGCUGUGACUCCAAGUCACUCAUUUUUAACAGGAACAAAACAAUCUGAUAGAAAUAAAACAUCAUCUCUUGAAGCAUUUUUCCCAUCUACAGGGUAUCAAGAAGCUUCCAAGUCAACAACCAGUGAAAAUAAUGAAAUAGGUUCUGGUUUUCAAAUACCCUCUAUUCCAGCACCACACACACUCUCCCAGAAAAAUAUUGCUGAAGAAACAGAAGUAAAAAAUGACUCUGAUUGCAGCUCUCAAUCACUUAUAUCAGUUACUCCAACACCUUCUCCUACACCAAGUCAGAGAAGUUCCCACAGAAGGAAUGUUAGUGACACAUCAGCUUUUGACAACAACAGCACAUUGCUUGGAUGGCUUAAGAGACUGAUAUACCAAAAUCCUAAGAUCUUUUUCAUUCGUAACACUGUUAAGAAGGAAACACCACAGACAAAUUACAAUGAGCAUAUUGUGAAUAUCAAUGAUGAACUUGUGCAUGAUAAAAAUGGCGAAUUAGAUUUUAUUGAUAAUGACAUUUUGGUCUUAGUUGAAGAUAUAGAUGAUGGAGAUGAUGGUGACAAAGAAACUGACUACAUCAAGAAAGAAUGUAUUUCCAAUGUCAAGAGCAGAGAAAGUCUAGUCAUGAGUGCAUCUGAUAUUAACCAGCCUGAUCCAUUUGGAGCUGUACCAUUUAGAAUGUCAGGUUCUAGACAGUUAGCAAAGAAAAUGCCUCAACUACUGGCAGAACGUGCGUGUACUGCUGCUGAUGGAGUAGUCCCGGUUGACAUGGCAAAGUACAUGCCUUUAUACUCUGAAGAAGGUAAUCUAGAACCAUCCGAUCUUCGUCAGCGCCACCCUAGUGAUAACUCGAGCACAUCCCAUGAUGGUAGUCAGAGUAUCCAUAGUGGACGAUCAGGAAAAGAACUGUUAGGAUCAUCUCCUUUCACACGAGCACCAGCAGAAGACAGGUCAAAGUAUGAAAAACUAUUAAAUUUUGAAGAUGGAGAAGAUGAUCAGAAGGCAGAACCUUGUGUGAACAAAAAAUAUGACCAAGAAGAUAAUGAUUCUAUUGGAUCAGCAAGUGAUCUCAGAGCACAAGAAGAUUCAAGUGGAGAAGAAGAAGGUUCAUCCGAGACCUCGCUUGAUGGUCAUUUAAAAAGAGAAAAAUUCUCACUAAAAAUCUCAGGAGAUGCUAUUAAACCUACAUCAGAAAUCCUGACAGAAUUAGAAAAAAAACAAGAAGGAGAAGUAGAAUGUCUUCCUUACCAAGAUGUCUUCAUGGGUCAUACAGAUGGAGAUAAACCACUUCUAGAAGAUGAUGAACUCUCUGAUAAUGAACAGAAAGUUGUAACAACCACUCCUAGGAAUGAAUUAAAAUUGGGUUUAAUUGUCAAAACAAGUGGGGAGAUGUUUACUUCAUCAUCAUCUCCAUCACUGGAAAAGGGAAAAAAUAAAGAUACUUUUAGUGCAGCUCAACUUAGAAAAGUCCCAAGUGCAGCUUCACCAGAAACAUAUGUAGUUAGUGGUGACCAUCCUGAAGGAGUGGAUGUUUUUGCAUUGGCUCCUUUCAGGAAGCCAUCAACAAAAGGAAAACCACAGAAUUGGAAAAUGCAAAAGAAACUGCCAAAAGACAGCCACUUAACCGGUGUUGAAGCGAUAGGAGGUUCACCCACAUUUGAGUCUUCCAAAGAAUUAGAAACCAGAGCAAACCCAAACCCACAGAGUUCUGAAUUUCCUAAUAUGAACAAUUACAAGCCUUCACAUUCAUCUACUAGCCAACAUAAACCUAUUUUCUGUAGUAGUAGCUCACCAGAAAAGCUUGGGUCUUUAAGUGAAAGUACUGACUUAUUUGGAUCUGCUCCAUUCCGUAGUAUGCCUAGGAUAGAUACAAAGGAGAUUACUUCCAUACAGGGUGAUUAUAUUAAUCAACAAGAGAAACAAACUUUCAUUACCAAGCAGCCUCUAAACCAACCGGGAUUUGUAACUUCGGUACAUAUUGCUCCACUCAUACAUGAUUCCCCCAAUAUUGGAACAUUAAAAUCUGCAUGUCCAAAAAUGACCAUGGGUCAGACAUCUAGUUUGAUUACUAAAAAUUCUGUUAGUGAUCAACAAAGCGAAAAUGUUAUUGGUGCUGUAGCUAUUAAUUCAGUUGGAAGCACUUUUCCCCCCAUUAAAGAAGUUGCACCACAUCCUAGGAAAAAGGUUAGUCUUCCAGCCAUAUAUGGCACUUCUUCUGUGAACAGGAUUGACAGCUUGACUCGUGGAAGUAGUUCACCACCCUUAAGUUCUGAUACCGAUGAUGAGGAGGAGAUGACACCAAGAAAAUCAAAGAAAGAAAGAAAUAGAUAUCACUCCUUUAAGGAACAGGACGUACUGGCAGAGGAAGUAAGUUUUGCUGUUCCUCCCACAAAGCAUUAUCAUGUGUCAGGUAAAGCUGGGAAGAAGACCAAACAAUCCAAGAAAAGGGAAAACAGAAUUAGCAAUGCUUUUGCAAAUAUGAGUUUUGAAGACAUUGGUAGUGAAGAGGAUAACAGUUUCAAAACUGUGAAUACAUCUUUUAUGGGAGAGCCUGUUAUUAAAAAAAGUGGUUUUCAAGCAAACACAAGGCCCCUGAGAAUGGCAAAGGUAAAUAAAUAACACUGGUGAUUUUAUAACCUGGGUAAUCUGCUGAAAUAGAUCUUUCUCUUUAUACAGUUUCUAGCAGAUCAGGUGUAGCAAUUGAUUAAAUAUACGAUUUUGGCAUUUGCAAACUGUUGGUGAUCAUGAUAUUAAUAAUGUUAUUAAUAUUAUUAUAGAAAUAAAUUAUUCAAAGGUGUAUAGAUUAUAUAGUUCUAUUACAAAACUUUGUAGAUUUUUAUGUUGCUGAGCAACGGUAGAUCUGUCACCAGAACGAGAACUGCAACUGAAGACCAUGGUUUAUAUUUAACUCUGCAGCUAGGAUGUAAGAUUUCACUGUAUUUAUAGAUAUAUACAUAUAAAUAUCACUGCGAGGCUGUAGCCUAGCUAGUUGCUGGGAAAUAAAUUAUAUUCUUGCACUAA